AUGCCCUCCCCUAGUCAGCACGGCGUUGUACGUGACUUGCAACAGCAGCCAGUUAUGAUCCCAACGCCUAUGGUGCCACCGCAGCUGCCUCCUCAUUUCAGUUCCACUUCACUCCCGUUGCCGUACCCUGGAGACCGGCAUGGUGUGAAAAGGCGGCGAGCGGAUGAUGGGCGAAGCGGAGGGAGUGAUGAGACGGCUUCUGGGAUCGGACUUUCCAUGCUUCCAGAAUCAUCUCAUGCUGACGAGCAACACUCCUCCGAAAUGCUUUUACCUACUCCGGGAGAUCAUUCAUCUCACCACCCGCAUGCUCUACAACAUGAUUAUCACCAGACAUCCCCGAUUCAUCAACAACAUCACCAUCACCGACUACCGUCCCAGGCUACCCUAGCGGCAGUUCAGGGUAGUGAUGGUGAACUCACAUCCCCCGGUGGAGGCACCGGGUCACAAAGCGUCGUUGGCCAGCCGGGCAUGCCGGACCCUGCGCCUCGCCCCAGGGGCCCAAAAUUGAAAUUCACACCGGAAGACGACAGUUUACUCGUGGAGCUGAAGGAAAAUCGGAACCUGACCUGGAAGCAGAUUGCAGAGUUCUUCCCAGGUCGGACCAGCGGGACCCUGCAAGUACGAUAUUGUACCAAACUGCGGGCAAAAGCAACAGUUUGGACAGACGAAGCAGUAUGUCCUUUUGCCCUGACCCGUGCAUUCCUGAUCCCCGUUCUUCCCCUGACCUUUUCUGAACCUUUCCCCCUUUUUUCGAAACUUAAAUCCACUGGGCACUAA